UCAAAGUGGCUCCCAUAGGGAGAGACGGCGAGUCCGCCCCGGCGCUGGCGAGAGGGAGGGAGGGGGCGCGGGCAGAGCGAGCCCCGGGGUCUGCGGCCGCCCGUCCGCCCUCCCUGCCCGGCGUGUGCCCGGCUGCGGCUGCGGCUGCUCGCUUCCUGCGCCGCUGACGGAGGGAGGAGAGAGCGCUUCGGCUGGGAGAGAAGAAAAGAAAGAGGGAGAAAAGAAAGAAAGAGGGAAGGGGGGGGAAACUUGCCUCUCUUGUCACUGGAAAAUGACACUUGAUGUAGCAGAGCCUGCCGCAGCUCCCGUUCAUCCUAUUGUUUCUUAAACUGCCAUCAGAGAUUUUUUUUUUUUUUUUUUUUUUUUUUUUUGCCUGCUGCCAUCCAAGAGGAGAGGUGUCUUCAUACAAAAGGGACUUCAAGUACUCCUCCGGCUUGUGAGCACUACAGCAGCCCCCCGCCAGCCCCUGCGCGCACCCAAACAAACUGCACACGCAGCAGCCAGCGGCAACAAACCCGGGCUCUGAUUGCCUCUGGAUUUUUUUUUUCUUUUCUUUUCUAUUUUUAAAUGUGCGUGCCUCUGUUUGCUCUCUCUGACUUGCUUUGAUUCCAGAGAUCAGCUGCAGAGAGAGACAGAAAGAAAGAGAAAAAAAAUACAUUUAACAGUCCGCCGGGCGAUUUUAUCACUAUUUUUUUUUCUUGAGUAAAGAAGGAAGAUUUGCGCUGUUGUUUCUGAUUCAUGUUUGGGAUUCAGGAAAGCAUCCAGCGGAGUGGGAGCAGCAUGAAGGAAGAGCCCCUCGGCGCGGGGAUGAACGCGGUGCGGACGUGGAUGCAGGGAGCCGGCGUCCUGGACGCCAGCACGGCCGCUCAGAGCGGAGUGGGUCUGGCCCGGGCUCACUUCGAGAAACAGCCUCCUUCCAACCUGAGGAAGUCCAACUUUUUCCACUUCGUCCUGGCUCUGUACGACCGGCAGGGGCAGCCCGUGGAGAUCGAGCGCACCGCCUUCGUGGGCUUCGUGGAGAAGGAGAAGGAAGCCAACAGCGAAAAGACCAACAACGGGAUCCACUACCGCCUGCAGCUGCUCUACAGCAAUGGGAUCAGGACGGAGCAGGAUUUUUACGUCCGCCUCAUCGACUCCAUGACCAAGCAGGCAAUAGUAUAUGAAGGCCAAGACAAGAACCCAGAAAUGUGCCGAGUUCUGCUCACGCAUGAGAUAAUGUGCAGCCGCUGUUGUGACAAGAAAAGCUGUGGCAACAGAAAUGAGACUCCAUCAGAUCCAGUGAUAAUUGACAGGUUCUUCUUGAAAUUUUUUCUCAAAUGUAACCAAAAUUGCCUAAAAAAUGCAGGAAACCCGCGAGACAUGCGCCGAUUUCAGGUUGUGGUGUCUACAACAGUCAAUGUCGAUGGCCACGUGUUGGCAGUGUCGGACAAUAUGUUUGUACACAACAAUUCCAAGCAUGGGCGGAGAGCUCGAAGACUCGAUCCCUCGGAAGGUACGCCUUCUUAUCUGGAACAUGCAGCUACACCAUGUAUCAAAGCCAUCAGUCCAAGUGAAGGAUGGACUACAGGAGGUGCCACUGUCAUCAUCAUAGGAGACAAUUUCUUUGAUGGGUUACAGGUCAUAUUCGGCACCAUGCUGGUUUGGAGUGAGCUGAUUACUCCUCAUGCCAUCCGAGUGCAGACGCCUCCUCGACAUAUCCCCGGCGUUGUAGAAGUCACAUUGUCCUACAAGUCUAAGCAGUUCUGCAAGGGAACGCCUGGAAGAUUCAUUUACACAGCUCUGAACGAACCCACCAUUGACUAUGGUUUCCAAAGGUUACAGAAGGUUAUCCCCCGGCACCCUGGUGACCCCGAACGCUUGCCAAAGGAAGUAAUACUUAAGAGGGCUGCUGAUUUAGUAGAAGCACUCUAUGGUAUGCCACAUAAUAACCAGGAAAUAAUCCUGAAAAGAGCAGCAGACAUCGCAGAAGCCCUCUACAGCGUUCCCCGCAACCACAACCAGCUCCCCGCCCUUGCUAACACGUCAGUCCAUGCGGGAAUGAUGGGAGUGAAUUCCUUUAGCGGUCAACUAGCUGUCAAUGUUUCCGAAGCCUCGCAGGCCACCAAUCAGGGUUUUACUCGCAACUCAAGCAGCGUGUCACCUCAUGGGUAUGUGCCAAGCACCACCCCUCAGCAGACAAAUUAUAACUCUGUCACAACAAGCAUGAAUGGCUAUGGGAAUGCUGGAAUGUCAAAUUUAGGCGGUUCUCCAACCUUCCUGAAUGGAUCUGCUGCCAAUUCUCCCUAUGCCAUUGUGCCAUCAAGUCCAACAAUGGCCUCCUCCACUAGCCUCCCCUCAAACUGUAGCAGUUCCUCUGGGAUUUUCUCCUUCUCACCAGCCAACAUGGUCUCAGCGGUGAAACAGAAGAGUGCUUUUGCGCCUGUUGUGAGACCACAAACUUCUCCUCCUCCCACCUGCACCAGCACCAACGGCAAUAGCCUGCAAGACCAGUCUUUUGUGGACUCUAGCAAGUACUCCACUGCAGGGUCUCUCCAGGGGCUGGCCUUCUCCUGAAGUACGUCACUCGAUCUUCCCUUCCUUUUUUUCCUUUGUCAUAGUACACUUGUGCAGAAAUCCUACUGAGAGCAAACAGACUGUCAGAGAGCUUGCCACAAGCCUUUGCCUUUAAUAAAUGGAAGACACAUUACAAACUAACAGCAGCUUUUUCCAGUUUAACUUGUACCGGGGCAAACAUUAGUUUGCACUGAUUAAUGUACCUGUGUGCCAAUUAAUUCCCUAAGUGGUGCUGUGUCUCUUUGAAAGCCUCUUCAGCUGUUAGUAGUAUGGGGCUGCCCCUUUCCACUGUCCCUUCCCUUCUCAUUACAAGUAUUCCAGUAUUAGCACCUAAAUACAUUUUGAAAUGUUGAUGCAAGCUGAGGGAGUGACAGGAAAAAAAAAAAAAAAAAAAAAAGCUCGUCAGACUGAGGAUGCUGCAAGGACCAGUGCUGCCUGUUUCAUUUUUUGGGUCAGCCUGUUUUACACCACGGUGCCUAAACCUUCCUGUAUAAUUACCUCACUACACAUUAGCGUGCUGAGAGAGAUGUUUUCAUGCUCACUUAGACGGAGGAGUUUUCAUAAGCAGAUGCAGCCAGCUGCCUCCAACUGUGCCAGAGGUGGGAAAGAUUUUGUGGUAUGCACUGUGCUUCCCCCAGACCUGAGGUCUAUUUUCCUUUCCAUGUGCCUGUGCAAAUUACCCAGAGAGCACCAAGCAGAGAAUAAAAGUCAUUUGUUGCUAAAGCCGUAUUCAGAACGAGCUGUUCUGCACGGGGGGAGGGCACCGCUCCCCAGGCUCCACGUGUCACUCCCCGGCCUCUGAAAAGAGCGACGCCAGGCUCGCGAUCGUAACGCUGAUAGCACCAUUACCGCCAAAAAAUCUAUAUGCAGGCAGAGUGGAACAAAUUCAUUCAUAAAAGCUUGGCUCUAUUGUGACUAAAGAGAAGCGUUGUCCUCAGGGCAUUUUACACCGGUAAAUUGGGAGGAGGAAUCCUUGCAGAUGAGCACACAAACAUACACACGCAGAAAAACUGCGGAAGAACUAGGAGGGUGCAAGUCGAAGAACAUGGUUGCCUUCAGUCAGAACUUCCUCAUGAAUACAGAUUUCUGUUAGGAAUAAAGCACAACAAAGGUUCUCGACAAGCCAUGGUGUUUAGGAAAUACAUUUUUCACGUUUUGAAAGUUUGGCACUGCCAGUGUGCUGCUAAUGAUGUUCCUGGUGCCAGCUUAAAAUGUUUCACUUCUGAAUUAAAAAAAAAAAAAAAAAAAAAAAAAAGGAACUAAUAGUUGGCUGCUAGAAGCUUUUGAACAUGUUAAUGUUCCUUCUUCUUGUCACCUUGUCCCUGCCUGGUGUCUGGAUUAGAGAGAGAAAGCGAGUAACAGGAGAAGGCUUUUUAAAGCACUGUUUUUCAUUUCACAAGACGUGGAAUUCCCAGAUUCCACAUACUGUAUUAUGAAAAGCAAUUACAGAACGAGCUGAGAGUGCUGGACGCAACUGGGGAUUACUGAUUGCCUCCUCAUUAUGUCACAUCCAGAUCGGUAAUGCCCAGAAACCACACAGAUCUGAGUAUUUCCGCUAAUUUUUAUUUAGCAAUUCAGUUUUCAUAAUAGGAGUGAGACACUGAGAGAGAGACGGUUCAUUUCUAGGUCACUGCUGAACUUCUUGGUAAGUUAAAGACACACAGCCUUUAGCCCUGUGCCUUCUGACAUUACCCAAGGCUGGUAAUAAUCACUCAGAAAUGCACUGCCUGUUGUGUCUUAUUGCUUAAAUAAACAACCGUGUGUAAGGAGGCUGUCUUAUCUCUCUUGGGCUUCUGGAUACAUCAGAAAGCAAUCAAGCUUUCCUUACAUAGCCUAGAUAUCAGCAGAACUCACUGAAACAACAGCCAUCCUUAUCUAUUGUUCUCUUUGCCAUGCAAUUUUGUAAAACUCAAAAUACAUUAUUUCUGUUAUUUGCUAGCCGCAAAUGCAAAUUAGUAUAUGAUGGGGAAAGUAAUGCCCAUUGGCGGGAGUUCUUCCUCUUGCUGCCCUCUCUUUUUGGAGAUGUUGUGAUCUCAUACCUACACUGUUUCCCACUGAUAGCUCUGUUUUCAGGAUCAAUAACAUGCUACAGCUGAGAGGAUUUACAUGACUAGAUGUAGCACUUACGGAAUAAAAGUGGAGUGAUAUAAAUGAAGACUUGGAAAGAAUGGAAGUAUCAAGGCUUUUAGGCAGAAGAGAUAUCAUUUUGCCAUUUGCUUUGUCAUUUAAUUCAGAAUAUCAGAGCUCUUCAAAAACAUUAAUGCCUUGAAAAACGGAGCAAAGAUCUACGGCUGUAUCAUUUGUUUUCGGUGGCAAAAGGUGCAUGGUUGAUAUGGGACUAUGGGGAAAUGUCUAAGGAUCGUGAAGUGAGGAUUUGCAAUUAUGCCAGCUUCAUUUGAGGGUUUGUGCAGGUUAGACAGCUGUGCUGUCCCAUGAGAGAGCCCAUUCUUGGUGGCUUUUUGGUGAAACUGAUUUUUUUAAUGAAUCUCUUAACUUGAGAAGGUUUUUUUGAGGAAAAAUAUUUUAACAUUUUCUGAAGAAUAUGUCAUUUUCUAAGACAAAAUAACUUCUAGUUUUAAAUUUUGCCUAAAUUUAGAACUUAGAAAGGGAUGAAAAGGACAAAAAAAUGUUGAAGUAGUACUCACAAAGAAUUAAUUAUCCGUCUGACCCUGCUCAUUUGCACUCAGCACAUACAGGAGGAGUGUACCCAUCCCCAGCUCUUUCGUUGCUUGCUCACCUGAGCAGUAGAGAGGGAAGCACUCUUCUCAGUAGUGCUCUUCUCUGUGCUGUAACGUGUGAUGUCGCAGCACUGUGGUUGCCACGUCUGUAUUCUUCUAAAGAACUGCCGUCCAUAAAUCUCCGAGGGCAUUACUAAUAAGGAUAAAUAUUAUUAUCCUCGGGUAAGAAACAGAAGCAACUCAAAUUACUCAGUGUAAUACAAUGAGCUUGAACUAAGCUAGAACCUGUGUCUUAGCUCCUUGCUUUCAGUUAGUGAAAAUUACAGUCUCACCUUUAGCUGAGGGUGACUGCCUCACAGGAGGCCAAGAGGACGAUUGAGAUCUGGUCGACUGACUCCCUCCCUGUCAGGGCCCAUUUUAUUAACCCAUUUAUAGGUGCUUCUUUGAGGAAGCACAGAAAAGGAUGGAGGGAGAGACGUGUGUGAGUUACACUGCUGAAAGCGCUGCUGGAAAGUCAUCGGAAUACCAUGGCACACAGCACGGGAAGCCCGAGAGCAGAGCAGAGAGCAGCUGAAGACCGUAGCAGUGAGUGCAGCAGGGAUACUGUGCCAGCACUUCUUGGCUUAGGAUUUGCCACUCUUUUACUCACAUUUACCAAGGUGGACAGCCUGACUGUGAGCACUCAGGACUUGGUAUUUGAAAUAAUCUUGAAAUAUAAUCCUAUGGGAAGUAUUUUUUUUUGUUUUGUUUUGUUUUAAAUAAGCUUGCUGCUAUUUAAUCCGCUGUUUACAAAAUUGACAAGUAUUAAAAAAAAAGCAAUACCAAUGUCAGCCUAUGAUUUGAGAUGAAGGAGAUGAUGGCCACGUUGUGGAGUUAAUAUGAAAGUGAAACCUCAGAUUAUCUCUGGUGGAGCUAAGAAGCACCACGUUGGGAAGUGCUACAGCAAGGAAUACUCACAUUUUGCUAGCAGCUAAGAGACAGUGGCAACUUCUCUAUUACUCAUUUGAGUGCCUUCCUGUAAGGCUUAAAGCAAGGUGACUAGCCUCCCUAUUCCUUUUAUCCUCAUUCCUACCUCCUUGAAGAGCCCUUAGAUGGAGUGAAAACAACCAGUACAGUGAUUUCACAGUAAAAAAAAAAAAAAAAAAUAAAGCUUCUGGAUGAUAAAUUCCAAGAAUUGAAAUGCUGCUGUGUAGUUGCAACAUGUCACCUCUGAAGAUGGCCUGUUGCAAACAUGUGGAUGUGUUUAAAUUCUCUCUUUCUCUGGUUUUAUUUCAUUUAAUCAGUGCAGUUUACUCGAGCUGUUUUCCCCUUGCUGAUUAGAGUUGUAAUUCUUGCACAUAUGGUGGUGUUUGUGGAGAAAACAUUUCCCUCCUCUCCCCCUCCAACCCCAAAUCUGUGAGUCUUUUACUUUGGCUCUGUUCUUAUCAAAUAAUUGCAGCUGUAAUUAAAGCACAAUGAAUCAGCACCAGUCACAGGGUUGAGUUCUUCCUUAAGAAAUUACAUGUCCAGAUGUCUGAGAUGGCAGGCAGUUCUGGCAUUUAAAUAAAGUGCCCAUGAAGUGCCGCCAACCUGAAGGCAAAUCUGUUUUCUACCUUUUUUUGCAAAUAACUGUACAACUGGUGUUUUAAAGAUGCAUUGUUGUUACAGCUUUCAUCAUAAACUUACAUGACUACCUCCUGUAGUGAUGUGCUUGCUCACAGUCCAUCAUUCGGGCACUUGGUACGUGUGAUCUGUACAGAGCUCCUGAUAGACAGAGGGAGACCAAGCUGGAGGUCGAGCUAGGUGGAAGACUGUACCUGUUGACUUUUAAUGAAUGUCUCUUCUUUAAGAGAGAUGGCGAUUCCCCAGAAAAUGAGGAUAGGAGGUAUAAUAAAGAAAUACUGAUGAUUCAACUUAGCCAACAGAGAGGACAUUCUAAGUCAUCAUUAACAUAGCACUGAAUUAAUGUACAUGGGGAAGUCUUUUACAAACAUGAUAAAAGCAUGAGAUGCUGGUCUGCUGAACCCUCAGAUAAGGACAGAUUUCCACUGUAACUUGGAGCAAUGGACUUGAGGGCUUAAGACCUUUUCAGGCCCCCUCAAAAUGCAUGCACAGAUUCCCAAGGUUGAAUACUGAACUUACAAGAGAAAACUGGGCUAAGAAAAUGAUCCACUGUCAGUGUGUAUGCUGUGACAAACACAUUAUGGUAUCUGCAAUACUGGUGGCUUAUGAGACUCUAGCCAUGCACUCAUAGGUGGAGCAAAAAACUACUUUUCUUUUAAAAAAGUAGUAGAGUAUAUGACAAUGUCUGAUUCAAGUUUAAGCCUCCUGAUCACCUUUAGCAAUAGCCAGACUUUGAAUCUAAAACCCAGAAAAUUAAGUUACAAACAGAUUCUGCUGUCAGGUGAAGUGUAUUUAUUCUGGAAGAAAAUAACUAAUUUCAGCAAAGUCUCUCAUAAUUAAACCACUUUCAGAUCAGAAUCAGAUUUCCUGCGACUAAUGCAUACACAGUUGUGUCUGUGGGAUGAUACUUAAAUAUAAAUUCAGUUCACAGUACAGCUGAGUGCUAGUAAAUGUUUAAAAGAUCUGAGGAUUUUUUUUAGUGUUGCUUUAUAAUGCACAAAAGUAACUUACUUUUUUUUUUUUUUCCCCCUCUCUCCUUCUCCUCUCCUUG